AGUGCCACCUAUCAGUGUCCAUCAGUGCCAGCUCUCAGUGCUGAACAGUGCCACGUGCCAUGUCACCCAUCAGUGCCAGUUAGUGCCACCUAUAAAUGCCAAUCAGUGCCACCUAUCAGUGCUGCCAAUCAGUGCCACCUAUCAGUGCCAGUCAGUGCCGCAUAUCAGUGCCCGUCAGUGCCGCCUAUCAGUGCCAGUCAGUGCCACCUAACAGUGCCAGUCAGUGCCACCUAACAGUGCCAGUCAGUGCCGCCUAUCAGUGCCGCCUAUCAGUGCCAUAUAUCAGUGCCAUAUAUCAGUGCUGCCUUUCAGUGCCCAUUAGUGAUGCCUGUCAAUGGCCAUCAGUGCCACCUACCAGUGCCUCCUCAUCAGUGCCCAUCAGUGCCACCUAUCAGUGUCCAUCAGUGCAGCCUAUC